CAUUCCAAUCUAGUGAUUGACGCCUAAUCGAAGUCGAAAUCAUGGCUUUAAAUGACUGCAAAUCAGUCAGUAAUCUCUCAUUCGUUCUUCAUAAACCAUACAAAGUCACCUUUGAGGAACGCCCGGUCCCAUCCAUCAGCGACCCUCACGAUGUACUGGUGGCUGUGAGAUACACCGGGAUUUGCGGCUCCGAUGUGCAUUACUAUACCGAUGGCGCGAUCGGGAAACGCAUUGUCAAAGACCCAAUGGUACUAGGCCAUGAAUCAUCGGGCACUGUGGUGGAGGUGGGAUCCAAGGUCACUUCUUUAAGGCCCGGAGACCAGAUUGCAUUAGAGCCCGGGUAUCCCUGCCGACGAUGCGAGCCAUGCCUAGGUGGACAUUAUAACCUGUGCCCCGACAUGAAGUUUGCUGCAACCCCUCCCGGCGAUGGGACUUUGACAGGCUUCUGGAUAGCCCCCGCAGACUUUUGCUACAAGCUGCCAGGUUCGGUCUCACUCCAGGAGGGUGCCCUGAUAGAGCCCCUCGCAGUCGCAGUCCACAUUGUGCGACAAGCUGCCGUGUCCCCCGGCCAAUCUGUGGUUGUGAUGGGCGCGGGUCCCGUAGGACUUCUUUGCGCGGCCGUUGCUAAGGCCUUUGGGGCGUCUACGAUUUGUUCUGUGGACAUCAUCGAGUCCAAGCUUCAGUUUGCCAAGGACUUUGCCAGUACACACUCAUAUAUUGCCCAGCCCGUCGGCCCAGAAGAAAAUGCCGAGAAUAUUAAAACGCUUCUCGGAUUGCCCAACGGUGCUGACGUGGUUAUUGAUGCCAGUGGUGCGGCGACGAGCAUCCAAACCAGCCUGCAUACUGUCCGCAUGGGUGGUACAUUUGUGCAAGGUGGCAUGGGAAAGCCCGAUAUCAACUUUCCUAUCAUGGCCCUCUGCAAGAAGGAGGUUACUGCUAAGGGUUCAUACCGUUACUGCAGCGGCGAUUACAAACUGGCAGUUGACCUAGUAGGAAGUAGGAAAAUCGAUGUUGGGAAAAUGAUUGAUGGCGUUUUACCAUUCAAAGAUGCUGAACUUGCCUUCAAAAGAGUGAUGCAAGGACAAUCCAUUAAAGUUUUGAUCGCUGGUCCUAAUGAACAGUUGGAAGGAGAUAUAUGAGAUAUUAUCACUUGUCAUUAGGGAAAGUAAAUUUUAUAAAAUGCAAAGCCAUUAGCUAAAUGAUGAUCUGGAGAUAAG